AUGAUUUCACCCGCCACCGCGUCCACCGCGGACUCCAUUCGAUGCACGAUGUUCUCUUCGUCUUCCGCCGGUAGACAUCGGCGCUUGAAGCGAAUCGUCGCCUUGCUCUUCUCCGUGCCGCCGCGUUUACUCUCACGGAGCUUCACUUCGAGUGCGGCGCCGCAGCGCACGAUGGCCGUCCGCAUUUCGCUAUCCAUGCGCGCUUGCAUGACACGCGUCCAAUGUUCGAACUCGAGAUCGUCCAUGCCCGGAAGUCGACUCAAAGGCCCGUUCCCCAUCAUGUCUUGCAGGCGCGCGUCCGAGCCGUACGCCGUCAUGGCUUUCGCGGCGACGGUGGAACACAGCGGAAGUGACGCCACGCGCGCUUCGUCGGCGCUUCGGAAAGACGCGCUUUCUGUCGCACCUUCGCUGAUACCGACGCGCGCGGUCACGAUGACUUCCACGGGCGCCGUGGCGUUGUCGCGCUUCAUCACCACCUCUGUGUCCGCGCUCACCGUCAUUUCGACUUCGCCGCGCUCGUCGCAGAUGACUUGGCGCCGGGCGAGCUCUUCUGCUUCCGCUUUUUCUCUCGCGAGUCGCUCUUUCUCGCGCUCCGCGCGCUCCGCCGCGAGCUGCGCCGCCUUUGCCUCGGCCUCGGCUUUCAACCUCGCCUCCAACCGUUCCUUUUCCUCGGCGUUUCGUCGGCGCAAUUCCGCGCGCAUUUCUUCUCGACGUUUUUCCUCCUCCUCCGCCGCUCUCGCCUCGGCUUCCGCUCGCAAACGCAUUCUCUCUUCCUCUCGAGCCUUCUCCGCGGCUUCUUCCUCGUCUCUCGCGCGUCGACGCUCCUUCUCCGCCUCGGCUUCCCUCGCGCGUCGCUCCGCUCGCAGUUCCGCCUCUCGCGCCCGCUCCUCCUCUGACAUCUCCUUCCCCACCACCGCCCCCCCCCCCGCCCGCCCUCGCUUCUCCAGCUCAAUCCUAAUCGCCCGCGCGCUCCACAGCGCUCCCAGCGCCACCGCCGUCCCCACCGCCGAGUGCGCGUCCAACCGUUCGCUCGCCGCCGCGCCGCUACUCGCCGCCGCGCUCGCGUACCCCAUCACUCCCCCCUCCGCGCGCGCCCUCGCGCGCGCCUCGCACGCGCCCCACGUGAAAUCCGGUCUCAACCGCUCCAGGCUCGCGCGCGCGUCGUCGACGUAA